UAUCAUAUAUAUUGACAUUCUCUUUAUACACAAUCCUUUUGUAUUAACGCAUACAGCAUACACAAGUUAAACGAAAGUGAAUCAGUAAACGAACUUACAGCAAUUGUUUAUGAGAGAAUAUAUGUCUGCAUCUUUUAGCUAUCAGUUUGUGCAAACGGAAGGGCUAUGCUGCUGCGCAAAGAUCAUCAUAUCAUUUUCAAACCAAGCAUGCUCAUUCAGGAAGACCAGUACAUUCUUCCUUCGAGAUGCUUUAUGGACACCAAGUUACUUCGCCACAUUAUACUUGUACUGCGAAACUACUAUAAUUGGAUUAAGGCUUGUCGAAAGAUCGCAACUAUAAUUUAUUCAAUCUUCACCUUUUUUUUUCGCAUCACUACAAUGUCUUUCAAUAACAACAACAACACCCUCAACCUUGAUGCCUUGCCAGUAGAUGUUCGCAAUGCUGUGCUGGCCAUCGUAGUCAACACCAAUCAGGAUGCUGUUUGCCGUUGCAAAUUUUGUCCCGUACACAAUUUGAGUUCUACAAGAGUAGACAAACGUUUACGACUCAAGCCAGAUGAUUUGCUUAGUCCCGAAGAUGCUGAGCGAUUAAUGGAACCGAUCAGUGCUGAAGUUGUUAACGAUCAUCUGAUGGAAACGGCAAACAGUACAAGGAUUUUCGAAAGGCCAGAAGGCAAUAUGUCUACAAAGGCAUACCUGUUACGUAUGUGCCAAGAAUACCUUUCGGUGAGCACUGGGUAUUGUGACAAAUCAGAAGAAGCACUGGUGAUGGAAGCUGAGCAUCGUUACCACGCAACGUACUACAUGGCCCAACAGUUCUGUCAGCAGUUCAUAAACCACGAUCCGACGUUGCGAUGGAGCCAUCUCAGUUUGUCAAAACAAAAAGACUUUGCGGCAAGAUUUGAGCUUGCAUUGAAAAUAUCAGUACUGCACGGGUUCUCCCACUCGACAGGUGUGCCAAUUCUUGGGCAACCUUUGACCUACUCAGUGUUGCCAUCCGAAACAAAAAUAGGAAUAAAACAAAAAAACAAAAAAAAAAGUACUAGUUCGUCACCUGCUGUCAUAGUUAUUGAAGAGACUGAAGAAUCCUCAAGAAGUACGACUGACGGUGACUCUGCUUCUUUUGGUUUUGACAGUUUUCUUUCGUCAGCAAACGUAGAUGAAGGCAAUGACUCUGCUACGAUUAACGACGGUCAGGAAGAAUUAGACUGUAGUACCUUCGAAAGUGCUCUGAUCAGUUCUCCUGUUCCUGAAGUUCAAUCGCAAGCAGCCGAGCCUGAUACGAAUAACGCAGGAAGGAAAAGACGUAGAACAAGAAAAUAAAUAAAUAUAUAUAUAUAUAUAUAUAUGUCUACGUAGUGUCUCUUUCUUUUUCUUGGAAAAUAAAGUAUAUGUAACUAGUAACAAUGC